ACACUACAUUUCCCAUGGUGCUUACGUCAGUAGAGGGGGUUUGGCUUGUUGGGCGCGCGCUGUGAAGAAACCCAUUUGAAAGAAAAAAAAUGGCGGAAAAACAUUUUGAAGCUGGACAAGACGGUUGCGGAAGUGUCGCCGUUGCUGAUACCCAAAAUGAGAUCAACUCAGUGAAACAGACAUCGAAAAGAUGCUCCUCCACAAGCCCCAGCACUGCUCCUCCACACAAGUCUCCCCGUACCGACUUCAUGUCACCCAUCUCACAGACGCCAGAUACAGCGGAAGGAAAUUCAGAGACAGACAAACAAGAAAUACAGACAGAAAACACGGAGGGUCCUUCAAGUCCCACUGUUAGCCCCGCUGCACGGAGGAAAUCCUGGAGGAGAGCCACCAUAACCCGACGCUCGCUCCCUGCCCUUCCCAACCCAUAUCAAUUUUUGUGCAGAAGUAUAAGUACAUCCUUAUCACAGCAAGAGAGGCUUGACAAAUUGAUGGAGGCUUCAAUGAGGCUGGCAAUAGAUAGAACUCAAAAUUCGCUGCAGUCAGUGUCGAACGCCUCACUGGAGUCUUUUAAAAAACAAGUUGAGCACAUGCAGAAAGAAUGGAGUUGUCUGGCCAAAAGCAUACGCAGUGAACCACAGGAUCAGCAACUCCCUGCUAGUGUUGCCAGUUGUAGUGACCCUGCAUUGCAAAGAGCCAUGGAAAAAGUCCAGAAAGCCAUCAACAGGCUCCAGGCUGAGAGUGAUUCUUGGGAGGCACUGUUGAACAAACACCGUUGUAAAGCAGAGGAACUGGAAAGGAAAGUGGAGCAGGGCCAGGAGAGAGGCGUAUCAUUAGACUCUACAUCUGUGGCACAGUCCUCACAGUACCCUUUCAUACAGAGUAAACCCGACUACCACGGUCUUCUCUGUAGACAACAGCCCAUGCUUCACACUAUGGCAAUGAUUAUGGACACUCAGUGUAAGAUGGUUAGAGAGCUUAUGUCCAUCAAGGAGCAGUCACAGUUAUUGGUGAAAGAGACCAGUGGCCGACUGGCGGCAGAGGCAGGAUUUCAGGAUCUUUCAUCUGACCUCAUAAGGAACCUUAUGGCACCACCUUUAUCCUCUGCAACUACAUAGUCACUCUGGCAGGAGACAUGCACAAUCAAUCAAUCAUCUAAUGGACCAUGUCUCUUUAUGACAUGUAUAUGUACUUUCUGGUAAUUUCACUAUUAUGUGAUUUGGGAACAUAUCAUUUAUUUGCUCUGUGUUUGUUGUCUCGUUUUAUGACAUAAAGCUCUAAUGUUAUGUUUUCUGUGUCAAAUAAAACCAUAUCUGCUAGUAGCAGGACGGGUGCUGGUUAGAGUAAUAGAGUUGGUUCAGGUAAUCCAUGUGUUUGACCAGCAGGUGGCAGUAGUUGGAUAUAAAAAAUUGUGACAAGCUUUGUGAAUGGCCAGAGUGGAUUUUUCUGUUAUGUCUCAAAUGUAUUCUCACCUGUAAAACCUUAAACUGUUUAGACUGCCAGCAGUUAGAACUUAAGUAACAGAAAAAUGUUUCAGAAAACUUUGACAACAUAUUGCAAAACAAUGUUAUUGGUCAUUCUUCAUAAAAUAAACACUGAGACAGAAAUUCCCCACCUCUUGGAGAGACUUUAGACCAGUUAUUAGCCUGUCUAAAGUAAUCUGUUGUCUUAAAAUAUUCAAAUGUAUUGACUGUAUUGGAAACCAAAACUGAUUUCUUUAAAAUUUGAAGUCAUGGAAUGUAGUGACACUUGUAAGUGGUUUGAUUACUACUAUUUUAUAAACAAAGACUGCAAAGAGUAGCAGAACCAUGUUAGUACUGUAUACAUUGGUGUCAUUUUCAAAAAGUUGUUAAGCCUGUGAAGAAAUUUGCCAUUUUUUCAGUUGGAAUUGACUUGUACAACAGGAAAGCAUUAAAUAUAGUGAAGCUGUAAGCAAAACGAGUGAAUACAGAAGGAUUCUGCUCUGUA